AUGGUGGAGGUUGGGGUCAUCGAGGUGAACGGGCUUCUGUCCAUCCAUCUCUUCUCUUGGUGGCCCCCUGCCCGGGAUACCUACACGCUGACACUGGCCUCGAUUCCUUCCACCAAUGGGGAGAGCAAGGCCAGGCUGGCAUGGCCAGAAUCUCCGGCCAACACAUCCCUGAGCCUUCAAUUUCGACGCCAGCUUUCUGAGCCUUGUAAUUCCUUUCCACCUUUGCCUACGAUGCCGAGGGAAGGACGUCCAAUGUACCAACGCCAGAUGUCUGAGCCAAACAUCCCCUUCCCGCCCCAAGGUUUUAAGCAAGAGUACCAUGAUCCGGUCUAUGAACACAGCACCCUGGUGGGCAGUGUGGCCAACCCCAGCUUCCCUCCACCUCUGAUGAUUAAACAGGAACCCAGAGACUUUGCCUAUGACUCAGAAGUGCCUAGCUGCCACUCCAUUUACAUGCGGCAAGAAGGCUUCCUGGUGCACCCCAACAGAACAGAGGGUUGCAUGUUUGAGAAAGGCCCCAGGCAGCAGUUUUAUGAUGACACCUGUGUGGUUCCCGAGAAGUUUGACGGAGAUAUCAAGCAGGAGCCAGGGAUGUACCGGGAGGGCCCCACCUACCAGCGGCGGGGUUCCCUUCAGCUGUGGCAGUUUUUGGUGGCCCUCCUCGACGACCCCUCCAAUUCCCAUUUCAUUGCAUGGACUGGCCGUGGCAUGGAGUUUAAGCUGAUCGAGCCUGAAGAGGUGGCCCGGCGCUGGGGCAUUCAGAAGAACAGGCCGGCCAUGAACUACGACAAGCUUAGCCGCUCCCUCCGCUAUUACUACGAGAAGGGCAUCAUGCAGAAGUCCCCGCGCUAA